UCCGCGUCCCUACAGCGAGGACUGAGGCAGCCUGGGUACCGUUAACGGCGGACAGCUAGUCAAUAAUCCCUCUUCCUCCACGUUCACCGAACACGGCCGGGAUACAGGGGCCGGAAACCAUGGGGAAUACGCCAGGGCAGUGCGGGUACAGCAGCCGCAGAGUAUACACCGUAAAUCUGGGAAUAUAACAGCUGACGGACAAAAACAAAAACACACCAAAACACGUCGGGACACUUUAUCUCCAUCUCCACCAUUUUGGUUGUCGGUGAUGGAGCACAUCCGGACGCCCAAGGUGGAAAAUGUGCGUCUCCUGGACCGGUCUUCAGGACAGAGAAAGACCAGCAUUGGAACUCUCUACCUUUCUGCCACGCACACCAUCUUUGUAGAAAACAACCCUGAGACACGCAAGGAGACAUGGGUGUUGCACAGUAUGGUGAGCAGUGUGGAGAGGCCACCCACCAUCCCCGCAGGAAGUCAGCUGAUCCUGCGUUGUAAGGACUUCCGGGUCUUCCAAAUCCUCAUUCCACAGGAGAGAGACUGUUUGGACGUCCACACCUCAUUGGUCAGAUUGUCACGGCCAGAGAAGUACAGUGAACUGUACUGCCUGUCCUUUAAUCCCAAUGUGAACAAAGAGGAGAGAGAAGAGUCCUGGAACUUCAUAGACCUCAUGGCCGACUACAAGAGGAUGGGAGUUCCUAAUAACUUGUGGGUCGCUACAGCGGCCAACAGCGAAUACAGGGUUUGUGAUACGUACCCAUCACAGCUGUUCGUUCCAAAGUCAGCCACAUCCUCCGUCAUCAUGGGCAGCUCAAGGUUCAGGAGUCGAGGACGAUUCCCUGCUCUGUCCUACUUCCACCAGGACACACUGGCAACAGUGUGCAGGUGUAGUCAGCCACUGUCUGGCUUCAGUGGACGCUGUCAGGAGGAUGAGAUGAUGCUGCAGGUUGUAAUGAAGUCCAACCCUGGAAGUGACUACAUCUAUGUGGUGGACACCAGGCCCAAGCUGAAUGCCAUGGCAAAUCGAGCAGCAGGUAAAGGUUACGAGAACGAGGACCACUACACCAACAUCAAGCUGCAGUUCAUCGGCAUCGAAAAUAUCCACGUUAUGAGAAGCAGUCAGCAGAAAAUCAUUGACGUGGGCGAGAUGAGAUCUCCGUCCAUGACUGACUUCCUGUAUGGUCUGGAGAACUCUGGUUGGCUCAAACAUAUUAAAGCCAGUCUGGAUGCGGGGCUCUUCAUAGCAAGGGCAGUGGCAGAUGAAGGUGUCAGUGUGUUGGUUCACUGUUCGGAUGGCUGGGACAGGACGGCCCAGGCCUGCUCUGUAGCCAGUAUCCUGUUGGACCCAUACUACAGAACCAUCAAAGGACUCAUGGUGCUGAUAGAGAGGGACUGGGUGUCCUUCGGACACAAGUUCUCCCAUAGGUACGCCCACCUGGAUGGAGAUCCCAAAGAGGUGUCUCCUGUCAUCGAUCAGUUUCUGGAGUGUGUGUGGCAGCUCUCUGAGCAGUUCCCAUGCGCCUUCGAGUUCAACGAGCGCUUCCUUAUCGCCAUACACACACACAUCUACUCCUGUCAGUAUGGGACCUUCCUGGGUAACUGCCAGAAGGAACGCAGGGACAUGAGGCUUCAUGAGCGCAGUCAUUCCGUGUGGCCUCAGCUGUGGAAGGACAGAUCCGAGUACACCAACCCUUUGUACAAGGACGAGUUGAGCCAGAGUCAUGGCAUCCUGAGACCCAACACCACCCCCUACUGCUUCAAAAUGUGGAAGGGUCUUUAUAACCGCGUGGAGAAAUCAACGCCUCCUCGCCAGUCACCUGCUGACUUCCUGUCUGCUGUGAGGGAGGAGUCCCAGCAGCUGGAGGAGGAGCUAACCAAUCACCAGGAGAGGGUAGCAGCCCUGACAGUGAAGCCAAUCAGGUGGGAGAAGAUCGAGGUUCCGAGGAGGAGGACUAGCCACCUGCGGCAGACGCAGCGCGGGCCGGACCCGCCAACCACUUACAUAGAACCAAUCAGCAGUCUCGCACAGGACAACGGACAUGCCCUCUCCUCUGAACCAGCCAACAAGAAGACUCAGACCAAGGACCCCGAUCUCGCCCUGCUUCUAGGGCCACACUCCCAGCUCAAGAGUAACAACCCUGAUGGCCUCUCUACCUGCAGCGACCUGGAGUCGGGCGUGGCCGACCUCAGCAGCAAAUCAUCCAGCGGUGGGGAUGACGGCAAGGACCCGGACUCGGAUGAGGCUGUUUUUACUACUGCCUGACUGGAAAAAAGGGAACCCUGCCACCUGGCUGGAGGGUGAAAGAAGAAAUUAUGAAAAAUAUUCACCUGCAGGGGCAGAUGAGUUGAAGAUGGCUAACGACUGAUAGGCAGAUAGAUUUAACUUGUUUUGCUAACGGUAGUUUGUCUCAUUCCUUCUCAAUCUAAAGGGAGUCACAGUGAAUUACAGUAGGGAGAAACCUCACUGGCGGUUGUUCUCAGCCUUUUGGCAAAGGCACUGAAAGACCUUUCAUUUGACUUUUUUAUAAAUUGCGUUGUUUUGUUGCAGAAAGCCAAAAAGGCGUUUUUUUUAUAUGUGGAUCUGUUUUUUAGAUGGCUAAAUUAGUCACUUUGUUUAAAGAAUGCACUAUUACUACUUUUAGAUGGAAAAAUGUUAUAUGAAACAAGCCUGAAAUAAAGUAGGACACAGAGGCUCGAGUAGGGGAGUGAAACAUUCUGAUGAAACACUUAAACAUCUAGUAGAACAAACUCCCUGGACAAACCUUAACAUCUGUCCAUAUUUAUUAUCAAUAAAACGUCAACUCUUUAAGCAGAUCUAAAAAUAAUCUUCAACACGAUGGAAGAUUUUACAAAUGAUUCAUUUACACCCAGUUUUGCCUCCUUUUCAGUGUAAAACAAUAUGUUUUAUUAUACUACUAAUAAAAGUAAUAAAAAUCUCCUUCCAGGUAAUCCCCCCCCCCUGGUUGAAACUUUAGUGUU